GAUUAGUAGCUACAUCUCUGUAUUUGUUCUGAAUGUGUCCAUUUUGGUGCCAAACGUCAUCCAAUUCCGGGGCUUUUAAGUUGAAGCGUUGCAGCGCGUCUCCGGUCAGAGCAGACUGGGUGAGAAAGAUUACGCGGAGCUGUUUCGUCCUCGGCUGCAUUAAAGCUGGAGCUGCCGCAGCAGCACACACAUCAAAGGCUCUCCCUCUUCUCUUCCUCACUGCAGCUCAGAGCGACGGCAGGUCCCCUGGAUGGUGGAGCCGUAUCAUUAUUUUUUUUUACACACACAGCGGGAUCGGUGUCCGGUCUGUAUUACGGGACAUAAGAAGGAGAUACUCUGAAUUUAGUCUACGUCGAGCCGUGUCGAGAUGAUGCACUGAGGAGAAAACAGCUCAGGCUCCCCGGUUGUGUUCAUCCUGAGGCUGCAGUGAACGGAGGGGGAUUGCGGUACAACAAGGUUAAUAAUCAGCAUCGAUAAAGGUCGUCUCCGCGAACGGGAACCGACUUGUAAGGGUGAAUCUCGCCCCUCUGCGGGGGGAUCGGCGGAGAAAUAUAGAUCUAUAAAAAUUAUGGCCACCCUACUGCGGAAGAUCGGUCUGAUCCGUCUGCACGACCGGGACACCGAGGACCCAAAGCACCACCAGGGCUCAUUAAAGGGCACCAAAGGGAACCAGAAAAACAACGCCAACAAACACUGUCAGACAGCCAACGAAACCAACAUUCUGAGCACUCCGGAGAUUAAGGCGAGGAAGCUGGACCAGCUCGGCAAGGACAAGCCGUCCGGCAAGGAUAAGCAGGGCAAGGAUGCAAAGGAGAAGCAGCAGACGGGAGGAGGCGGGAGUAAAGCCACCAGUGCCUCCUCGAUACCACCGCUGGCGCCUCACCGGCAACAUUGCACCCAGGUCCGGACACGGAGGCUGAUGAAGGAGCUACAGGAGAUCAGGAGGUUAGGGGACAACUUCAUCACGGUGGAGCUGGUGGAGGACAACCUGUAUGACUGGAACGUCAAGCUGCACCAGGUGGACAAGGACUCGGCGCUGUGGCAGGACAUGAAGGAGACCAGCACCGAGUUCAUACUGCUCAACGUCACCUUUCCCGAUAAUUUCCCCUUCUCGCCGCCGUUCAUGCGGGUCCUGACGCCCCGGUUGGAGAACGGCUACGUGUUGGACGGCGGGGCCAUAUGCAUGGAGCUGUUGACCCCCCGCGGAUGGUCCAGCGCCUACACGGUGGAGGCGGUCAUGAGGCAGUUUGCGGCCAGCCUCGUAAAAGGACAGGGACGUAUAUGUAGGAAAGCAGGGAAGUCCAAGAAAGCUUUCAGCCGCAAGGAAGCUGAGGCCACCUUCAAGUCCCUGGUGAAGACCCACGAGAAGUACGGCUGGGUGUCCCCGCCCGUGUCCGACGGCUGAGCGCCGGGCCGUCGACCCUCCGACCCCCGCGCUAGCCGGAACAAACCCAGCUAGCCCCGACACGCAAAACGACACACCACGCUAACUCAACAAUCUCUCAUCUUCACCUUUUGCUGUUCCACUCAAGAUUUUUUUCUCCCCCCCCCCCCCCCUUUUAGUCGUGUGUGUCUGUGUUGUUAUUUUUGGAUUUUUCGUUUCGUCCUCAUCUCCACCGAAACUCUCGGAGAGCAGACAUCACCGUCACUCCUCCUCCAAGGUGCGACUUUCGUCCCCCUCCCUCUCGCCCAGGAGGGAGAUUCUUUCCCCCAUUUCGGAAAGGCUUGCGAGGGAGGUGUGUGUGUGUAUGUGUGUGUGUAUGUUUCACUCCAUCACUCCAUCGGACAUCAGCUGGGAGUGUAUGCACGUGCAUCGGAGUGUGCGUUACUGUCGGUGGAUUGUUUUCUUUUUUCUUCUUCUUCUGUUUUUUUUUUUUUUGUUUUUUUUUGCCCAACGCACACCCAUGCACGUGCAGUCGGACAAAUCGGACAGCGUGGACCCAUGUGAAAGACUACUGAAUGAAGGAGACUCAUCCCCUUCUCCUGUCGUCCAUCCUCGCCAUCCUAUCCUCUCCUCUCUGCCCUUCCCUCGCUUCCUUCUUCUCUAUAGCACUGAACUGGCAUUACUUCCCAUUGUCUCUCUCUCUGUAGCUGUCGGGUCAUUUACAUAUAAAUGAAGCUGUUAAUGUUUAAUAGACGGGCAGCACACUGGCGUUUAUACUCACUCAUUCAUUCACUCCUUCAUUUCCCCUUUCUUUCAACUGUGCCGUUGCUCACAGUUCAAUGCAACAUGACGAUUGUAAUUUACAUGGAGCUGUGCUCUCUUUCUUUCUCUCUAUCCCUUUCUUCCUUUCUUUCUUUAGCUCGCUCGUUCACUUUGUUUCUCUUUCUUUCUCUCCGUCUCUCGUGGCUAAAUUUAGAGCUCACUGUUGCGUAGAUGGAUAUUGAUUUCUAACGGAGAAAAAAAAAAAAAAAAGAAGUCACAUGUUGCUUUAUGCGGAGACUAUGUAUGAUAAAUAGAAAGACAGUCAAUCACCUCUUUCUUUCUUUCUUUCUUUCUUUCUUUCUCUCUCUACUCUCAUGUUUGUGUGUCUCAUGUUUGUGUGCGUGUGUGUAUGCGUGUGUGUGUGUGUAGGAGAGGAAGAAGACUGUAAUUCCCAUGAUUUAGAUACCAGAUGGUACAGCUGAAGGCCAGGCCUCAGUAUGCAUGUGUGCACGUGUGCGUGCGUGUGUGUGUGUGUGUGAGGGAGACAACCCUUUAAACAGAGAAAAAUAUGAUUUACUGUGAAUGACACAGAGGCCUAAAGGGAGUGCUGUUUUUUGCUAAAACUUAGUUGUCUUGUCCCACUGUCUAUGUCAGCUCCUGAUUAUUGUUACUGUAAACACGUGUGUGUUUGUGAGGGAAUAUCUAUGUGCACAUAGCCUCGUCUGGCUCUCUCUCUCUCUCCGAAAACUAAAGAACUAGAGGUCAGUUGAAAAAUACGCAUCGGACGUUUAGCUGUGCAUCCAGAAACGCACACACAUACACACACCAGCCCAUACAACACACUCUUGCACACGCACUGCAGCCGCGACUGUGGCGGUAACACCCAGAAAUGAAGACAGACAGGAGCUCGAGCGCCGGCGUGGAUGGAGUGGUGCUUUAAACGAGCGUACGCUUCAGAGCCCACCUGAUUGAUGUCUGCUGAAAGAGAGAGACUGACAGCAAUAGAGAGAGGAGAGGGAAUUGUGGGAAGCUUUGAUCACUACCGACUGCUUCUCGUAAAUGUCAGGUGGCUUGAAAAAUGGCCGAAGACAGAUAUUAUUCGCUCUGCCCUCUGUGAUUACUUAAUGGACGCACAGUUCCUGAGUUCCAACCCUGAAAAGGACUUUAUAAAUAUCUAAUUUUAACUCUACGGCUGCAGCAGCAUCUCUCUCAAUCAAUCGGGCCCCUACUAGCCACAGACUAUCUGUCCGCCCAGUCCAGUGGGCUCCUCGUGUGUUUGUUUUGCUAGCCUAUCUGCCAGUUAAAUGUCAGAGGGAAAGCUGCUAAUUGGUCUGACAUUUCAGCAGAGCGUCAUUAGAGAAGAGCAGCGAGAGCAGAGGGAUGGAGGAUGUCAAACCUCCCGCUCGGUGCUGACAUUUUGUCACUUUCCGCCCCUGCCCUGU